UGGCAUUAAACCGUAAUUAACAACCACCUCCGAGCCCUUUUUCAAAACCGGUCGUAGUCCCCUUGGUGAUCUUUCUCUUUCUCGACCAUUAAUUCAUCUUUUUGCACUGUUUAUAAAACCCCCAGAAGCUUCAUGUCCAUGGUAAGCAGUGAGCUGUCUUCUUCUUCUUCCAGCAAACUUUCAGAAAUAAAUAAAAAAUCUGAUAGGUGGAUUUUACAACUUGCAUUGUAUUCUGAUUCUUUUUGUGAAGUAUGUUGUUCUGUGCUAAGAACUCUAUUAUGAUGUUAUCACCAUAUAAGCUCUAAUGGUGACUAUGAUAACCCCGGAUUGGUGAAAUUCACUUUCUAUUGAAUCAAGAAUAUACACAACAGGAGGGUAUAUAUAUAGAUUAUCUUUAAGGUGUCACAAAAAUGGAAAAGAAACUUAAAAACUCUAAUAAGAUGUCUCUAAUAAGAAUGUUGAGAGGUAUAGCAUGUCUGAUGGUGUUGGUUUCAACAGCUUUUAUGAUGUUGAUUUUCUGGGGUUUCCUAUCAGCUGUAGUGGUGAGGCUUUUCAGCUUACACUACAGCCGUAGAUGUGUUUCUUUCUUCUUUGGCUCCUGGCUCGCCUUGUGGCCUUUCCUCUUCGAGAAGAUCAACAGAACCAAAGUUGUCUUCUCCGGGGAUAAGGUUCCUUGCGAGGAACGAGUGUUGCUCAUUGCCAAUCACCGAACAGAAGUUGAUUGGAUGUACUUCUGGGAUCUUGCACUGCGUAAAGGACAGAUUGGGAAUAUGAAGUAUGUGCUCAAGAGCAGUUUGAUGAAGUUGCCUCUGUUUGGUUGGGCGUUUCACCUGUUUGAGUUUAUCCCCGUUGAGCGGAGAUGGAAAGUAGAUGAAGCAAACUUGAGGCAGAUGGUCUCGAGUUUUAAGGAUCCUCGAGAUGCUUUGUGGCUUGGUCUUUUCCCCGAGGGCACAGAUUACACAGAGGUUAAAUGCGAAAGGAGCAAGAAGUUUGCAGCUGAAAAUGGCCUUCCAAUACUGAACAACGUGUUGCUUCCCAAGACAAAAGGUUUCGUCUCCUGCUUGGAGGAGUUGAAUGGCUCACUUGAUGCAGUUUAUGAUGUGACCAUCGGUUACAAAACCCGUUGUCCGUCUUUCUUAGACAAUGUAUAUGGUACUGAACCAUCACAAGUUCACAUCCACAUCCGUCGUAUCAGCCAAAACCAAAUCCCAUAUGAAGAAAAGGAAAUCAAUGCUUGGUUAAUGAGCACAUUCGAGAUCAAAGACCAGUUGCUCAGUGACUUCUACUCUCAUGGCCAUUUCCCUAACGAAGGAACAGAAAAGGAGUUCAGCACGUUAAAGCACCUCACUAACUGCUUGGCGGUGAUUGUGUUCACCAUCACCUGUACGCAUCUCACCUUCUUCUCGUCGAUGAUCUGGUUCAAGAUCUAUGUCUCUUUGGUCUGUGCCUACUUGACCUAUGCUACUCAUUUCAAUUAUCGUCCUGCUCCACUUGUUGAGACUGCAAAACAAGCUUUCAAAUUAGCAAACAAAUAAACCUAUCUUUUAAUGUUUAUAUUUUAGUAUUAUAUUUUGAGGUUGAGACUAGAUCCAAUUUCUGCUUAUGGAAUGUGAACUCAAGCUGCAAUAAAUGAUGAGUCUAUCUUAUAUGCCACCAUAGGUUCAUGUACACAUGUUAACAGCUUGGCAGGUAAAGAACAAAAAACUACAACCAUAACACACCUGUGACUGCUACUUAACUCACAGAGGCACUACAGUUUCACCAAAAACAAAAUAAAAGAUCGAUUAUUCUCAUUAAAAAUUUGUCAAAUUGGGAUAAUACGUCCAAGAUAUAUCAAAAGGUAAAAUAAGUUGCAUAUGAAUGCAAUUAAAUUUGAGUCCCCAAUAAAGUUUGAGGACACCAAGAACGCCCGUGACAAUGCAGCACACUGGAAAGAAAGUAAUGCCAAUGUCUCACGGGUGUUCUUACUUUAUAUUAUAUUAAAGUAUCAUGAGACAACAAAAGAAUAUUGAUUAAACUACUUGUAUAGUAUAGACCAUGUUAGACAUUCAAUAUUCCCCUACAUAUGCUCUUAAAUCAAAAUGGAUAUUGAAUAAUAUGCACAUGAGAUUAGUCACAAGAUUAUUGUCUUAUAUGAUGCUAGGACUCAGCAGUAACGUGCCUAUAUUCUCUAUAUAAACCCUUCGAAGCAGGUAGCCUAGCCUAUCCUAAGCUAAGAGAAGAGCAAACAAGUAGUUGCAAAAAAAAUUGGUGAGAACUCUCUAAAAAUACUAAAAAUCAAUGGAGCCAAACACUAAGCUUGUCUUUAUUACCUUGGUUCUUGCCUUGACACUCACGGCAGCAACCGGAGAGUUUUGUGGUAUGAGCGUUGGUGAUCUGUACUCUUGCAAGCCCUAUGUGCAGACUAAGAACCCAGUGACCACCGCGAUUGAUCCCAAGGGCCCUUGUUGCACAGCCCUGUCUAAUGCUGACUUCCAGUGUCUCUGCAAGCAGAAAACCAAAACUAAUCCUUUCCUCAGUGGGAUCGACCUCGACCUCGCUUCUAAACUCCCGGAGAAGUGUGGAUUAUCUGGUGCACCUUGCUAAGACAUGUUUCCUUUUGGAAGGUUUCGCUUUGUGUUUUGAUUUUCUUGAUGAGUCCAUUGUUCUUGUACUGUUUCUGUUUCUGAUGUUGUUGUUGUUGUUGUUCCUGUUGUUGUUGUUGCAAUUCACUUGUGUUCCUUGA